ACCAUGGACAGCGUGCCGACUCCUUUUCACAUUGGUUCGAGUGAAUCUUCGGGAAAUCUGUCCGACAACAGUUUAUAUUCGGAAAAAUUCAUCGGAGAGCCGGCUGAGUACGAUCCUCAGCUCACUCCGGAAAGGGUCAGACUUAACGGAUAUGAUUCCAGCGAGACUUUCAGCGACAUGUUGGAAGACGUGGCCGUCAAUUACCGGACGCAUCACAAUACUCAACCGAGACCCGUUAGACAGCAUACGCAAGUACACGAAGGCGAAUCAAAGUGGACGACGAGAUUGACCGAUAUGAAGUUUCUGGAAAUGGCAAAAGUUUAUCAAUCACGAUCACCGGUGAUUCACGUUACAAGGAGAUCUUCAUCGGCAUCGCAAUCAGACUCAGACAAAUACGGGACUUUAGAUGAUACAGAUAUAUCAGUGAACUCACUCACAAGUGUCAACUCAAUAUCGAGUUUACUAAGAGAAAAAUUUUUGAUGAAUAUACAAAAAAUGUCGAAAAAUAAAGAAGUACAAGCCGAUUACAAGCUGAGGGCAUUUAUUAUAUUUUUGUUCGUUGUGAUAGUCUGUGUCCUGAAAUUCGCUCACGUCUAUUAUGACCGUCACGUGCUGCAGAAAGCAUAUUUCAAGUACACGAGGUUCAACAAGGACGACCGUUUCUUGCGAUUGUUCGGCGUCGACGGGCACGAGAUAGCGUUCGGUUACCUCGGCGUGGAACUGGCGGAGAGGGAAAAGGCUUUCGAUUGCUUGGCGGGGCACCGUACGCCUCGCAACGCACAGUGUUUCGAAUGGAUGCAAAAGGCCAGAUUGUAUCUGUCCCACGAGGAAAGACCGGAGGGUCUGAACUGCUACACGGUGGAAUGGUUAAGCCUGACGGAUAAAUACAAUCCUAUAGACUGUUACGAGGACGGCGAACAAUACGGCCAUUGGUACGGGGGCGGUAGAUCGUUGGGCAUGGCUUGGCCUGUCCAAUUGGGGAGGGUGGAAAUGUCGCCUUUCAUCACCGGACACGUUGGCAGACACCGGUGGGGCAGUGUGCUUGGACGAUACUUCAUCAAUUCGAAAGGAGUGGCGAUCACGGUGCACUCCAACACGCCACUGCACGUGUCCAUAAACGCCGGCCGCGACAACAGGCUGUGUAUAAAGGCAAGCCACGACGACUUUGCCUACCGCCGGACUGCCGACCUUCCCGUCUUGAACUACACGAUAUGCUCGGCGCGAAACAUGAAGACGCUGCACACGGCCCUCUCCGAGAAAAUGUUGUGGGACGGACUGAAAGCAUCAGACACCGAGAUCAUAAACUCGCUGCUGACGGAGCCCGUCUGGCAGCUGGCGCCGCCCAGAAAAGAAUUGCUCAACGAGUCCACAAUGGUCAACUACACCGAGGACAUAAUAACGCUGGGUUUCAUAAAACAAGGACACGUUUUGCUAAACGAAUUCUGGCAAGCAGAAAUGGGUGAUUUUUCGCUGGACCAAAAGAGAUUUCCGACCAUGAAAGAGACGAUCAACAUAAUUCACAGGAGAGGUUUUCGCAUUGUGGUCACCAUACAACCAUUCAUCAGCACCGAGUCGAGAAAUUUCGCAAAGGCCGUCAGAGAGGGUAUUCUCGUUAGGCAAAUCGGAAGUGAACGCGACGUGCCGGCUCUGACCAGAUAUAAAACUGUACAAAGUGCUGGCAUGUUGGACAUAACCAACAAAAACUGCGGACCAUGGUUACAGCAGCAGUUGAAAGAUCUCGUGGAAAAAUAUCAAUUUGACGCUUUCUACUUAGACAUGGGCUCCGCUUACGACCUACCCCGUCACUAUCUGUUUGCUGAGAACCUAACGAAUCCGGACUACUACAAAUCGCUCUUCGCGCAGACCGUUUCGGACAGCGUAAACGUGUUCGGCGUAUCUUCAGCCAUCAGUCGGCCGCCGGCUCCGAUUUUCGUGUCGUUACUGUCAUUGGCCUCGACUUGGGACUCUCUACAAGUGAUCAUACCGACCAUGCUCACAUACGGAAUCGUCGGCUAUCCGUUCCUGUUGCCCGGCCCUGUCGGCGGAGACUUUCAAGUCGGAAACGUUUCAUUGCAUGCUCUGGUUCCACCAGACAACCCGUCGAUAGAACUGUUGGAGACCCAAUCGCUAAAAGAAUGCAAACAACGCGGACAAAACUAUAACGAGAGUCGAGAACUGGUCAUGAGAUGGAUGCAGUUGGCUACGUUUUUACCGGUUAUCAGGUAUGCGAGGCUGCCGAGCGAUUGUGAUCCGCAAGUACUCCAGUUAACGAAAAACUUGACGUCACUUCGACAGCAAAUAAUCAAUCCAUUACUGAAACGUUAUGUUCAAGAAGCGCUGGAAACUGCGGUACCAUUGAUACGACCACUGUGGAUGUUGGACCCGUCAGACACGACGUGCUACAUCGUUAAAGACGAGUUUUCCAUAGGCGAAGAAGUUAUCGUGGCACCAAUUUUACGACCAGGAGCCACAGAGCGCGAGGUCUACUUGCCCGCCGGUGUGUGGCAGGAUGGGAUCGAGGGCAGUUUAAGAAAAGGGUCCAGGUGGAUACACAACUACAAGAUACCAUUGGACAAAAUCGCAUAUUUCGUCAAAAUGCCCAAUAACACUAGAUUUUAAUUAAUAAUAUUAUUAGUUUAUAUUAUGUUGUUAUUAAUAAUUGUUAACUAUAAAAUUAAUGACGUGAUCUUUAUCAAGUGGAUUCAAUUAGAUGUUUGAGUAUUAUUUUUUUACAGUUGUUUAUAUUUCUCGU